CAAUGUCGGAACGUUCCGAAGAUGACGUCGGAGCGUUCUCGAAUCCCGUGUCUCUCGGCUGCUGCUGCCGAAGGAACAGGGAAAAAGCAACAAGAAGGAAGAGCAAUGGCGACACUGGAUCGCAAAGUGCCCAGUCCGGAGGCGUUUCUGGGCAAACCCUGGUCCUCCUGGAUCGACGCCGCCAAAUUACACUGCUCCGACAAUGUAGAUUUAGAAGAGGCUGGAAAAGAGGGUGGAAAAAGCAGGGAGGUUAUGAGGCUUAAUAAAGAAGAUAUGCACUUAUUUGGCCAUUAUCCGGCACAUGAUGACUUCUAUCUCGUAGUGUGCAGUGCCUGUAAUCAGGUCAUCAAGCCCCAGGUUUUCCAGUCGCACUGCGAGAGAAGACAUAGUUCAAUGUGCAGACCUUCUCCCUCUCCAGCGUCUCCAGCCUCCAAUCCCAGGACAUCACUAACACAGGUGAAAACGAAAGCCUGUCUCAGUGGCCAUAGCUCUGCCAGCAGCACCUCAAAGCCAUUCAGAACGCCCAAAGACAAUCUACUUACCUCCAGCAGCAAACAGCACACAGUCUUUCCUGCAAAAGGAUCAAGGGACAAACCAUGCGUUCCCGUUCCUGUAGUCAGUUUAGAGAAAAUUCCUAACCUAGUGAAGGCAGGUGGUGCCAAUGUCAAAAUGAACUCUACAGCUACUACUGCAGUCACCUUCUCCUCCUCCUCUUCCGCUGUCUCCACCCCACCUUUAAUUAAGCCCGUCCUGAUGUCCAAGUCAGUGCCACCUUCACCUGAGAAGAUCUUAAAUGGCAAAGGGAUUCUGUCAGCCACCAUAGACAAGAAACAUCAAAAUGGCACCAAAAACAGCAGCAAGCCCUAUCGGAGACUUUCAGAGAGAGAAUUUGACCCAAAUAAACACUGUGGAGUAUUGGAUCCCGAGACAAAGAAACCUUGCACAAGAUCCCUCACCUGCAAGACACACUCGCUAAGCCAUCGGAGGGCAGUCCCAGGCCGGAAAAAGCAAUUUGACCUCCUCCUGGCAGAACACAAAGCCAAGUCCCGGGAAAAAGAAGUUAAAGAACACCUCCUGACUUCCACAAGGGAAACCCUCCCAAACCAAGCCGGGCUGGUGCAGGACUCUCUGCCAGGAUCUUCAGGGAGCUCAGGGCCAGAGCCGAAAGUCACAUCUCCUGCAAAAUCCAGGCCACCUAACUCUGUACUACCCAGACCUUCAUCUGCAAACAGCAUAAGCAGCAGUGCGUCUUCAAAUCACAGUGGCUACACUCCAGAGCCUCCUCUGCCCUCAGUUGGAGGUGACCUUGCCAGCCGGCUGUCCAGUGAUGAAGGGGAGAUGGACGGAGCCGAGGAAUCUGAGAAGUUAGAUUGUCAGUUCUCUGCACACCAUCCCAGACCUCUUGCGUUUUGCUCAUUUGGGAGUCGCCUCAUGGGACGAGGGUACUAUGUGUUUGAUAGAAGAUGGGAUCGUUUUCGACUCGCACUAAACUCCAUGGUAGAAAAACACUUGAAUUCACAGAUGUGGAAGAAGAUCCCUCCUGCGGCAGAUAGUCCCAUGCCCUCGCCUGCAGGCCACAUCACCACCCCUGUGCCAGCAUCCGUUUUACAGCCUUUCAGCAACCCCAGUGCUGUGUAUCUUCCUUCAGCUCCCAUCAGCUCGAGACUCACCUCUUCCUACAUAAUGACAUCAGCCAUGCUCUCAGACGCAGCUUUUGUGGCAUCUCCGGACCCCCGUGUCCUCAUGUCCCACACCUCAGCUUUCCCCCAUGUGGCCGCAACCCUCAGCAUCAUGGACUCUACCUUCAAGGCCCCAUCCGCCGUGUCCCCGAUACCAGCCGUCAUCCCUUCCCCAUCCCACAAGCCAUCCAAAACCAGAACCAGCAAAUCCUCAAAAGUCAAAGACCUGUCCUCCCGUAGCGACGAGUCUCCAAGUAACAAAAAGAGGAAGCCGCAGUCUUCGACUUCCUCCUCCUCCUCCUCCUCCUCCUUGUCCUUACAGACUUCCCUCUCGUCACCAUUGUCAGGACCCCACAAAAAAAACUGUGUUCUGAGUGCCAGUUCCACUCUGAACUCCUAUCAGGCGGCCCCUCCCUGUAACAGUCUGUCUGUGCACAACUCAAACAAUGGGGUGAGCCCACUCAGUGCCAAGCUGGAGCCCUCAGGACGGACCUCACUGCCCGGCGGCUCCACGGACAGAGUGAGACAGGUGGGCGCAGUGGGCGGCAGCAGUGACUCCUGUCCCCUCUCUGUGCCCUCCCUUGCACUCCACGCAGGGGACCUCUCUCUGGCCUCACACAAUGCCGUGUCUUCUCUACCCCUCUCUUUUGACAAAUCAGAAGGAAAAAAGCGUAAGAACUCAAGUACUAGUAGCAAAGUGUGUAAAAUCACUAAAAUGCCUGGUAUGAAUAGCGUUCACAAAAAGAACCCGCCCAGCCUCCUUGCACCGGUGCCCGAUCCCGUUAACAGCACCUCCUCUCGUCAGGUUGGGAAAAAUAGCAGCCUAGCUUUGUCACAGUCCAGUCCUUCAAGCAUCUCCAGCCCUGGCCACAGCCGACAGAACACAAACAGAAUGGGCAGGAUAAGGACUCUUCCAUAAUAAGACUAUGAAGCUACUUCCAAACCAAUUCCUGGUUUCCAUCCCACCCCAGGAGGCUGCGUCUGGAGGAAGAGGGAGGGGCCUGGCUGACCCAUCGGGGAGCAGCUGUUUCCUGUGUACUGCCUGUGGCUCUAUCCUUUCUUCUUCUUCUUCUUUUUCUUCUUCUUCUUCUUUUAGUUGACCAAAUUUCAGUUUUGAAGAAAAAGGCAAAAAGAACGUGAAUUUGAGAUUGACAGAAAACAGUACCAGUGUUUUCUUUCUAUUUUUCACUUGCCGCGUUUAUCCAUUCUUCCAAAUGUGGGGGGGCCUCCCAGCUCCCGAUGCUGCUAUCACACCAUCAUUUUGCUCUGUCCCUGAAAGCAGACGUAGCAGGAUGUAGGUUCCAAGUUGGCACCCACUGAAGCUCUUGAACUUCAGCACCUGCAGAGUCCUUUUCCCUCCUCAUCCUCUCCAAUCCCAUCCCUUCCAUCCCCUGCCUGCCCCUCACUGGUCCCUACUGGCCAUCGGAAGUUGCUGCUGUCACCAGCUCCCCUGGACAGCAUGCUGGGGGAAGGGCUCAGUCUGUGCUUGGAGCUGCAAAGUCAGAUGGUGGGGAGGAGGUGCUCUCCACAGGCUUCCACAGCCCACCAUGGCUACAGCCAAAUUCUAGGGGCCAAACUGAGAACAGUGGGCAUCCAUUUAAUGAUUGGUUUACCCAAUACCUCUGUCCUGCUGUGUAGUCAGAAAGGAUCUACUGAGUCAGGCACAGGGUAGAAGGGGCCUGGGGGAGGGCAGCAGGAAGCAGACCAUGGAGGAUAGGGGACAGUAUCCCUAAAAGAAGGUGGGAACCAUGUGACUGUCGUCUGAGCUUACUGGGAGCCCACUCUACAGAAUGCCUUCCAGGGCACACACAGUGUGGGAGUCCCCAAAGCAGAAAGAGCUGGAGUCAGAGGAAGACCAGGGGAAAAGCCAUGAGAACCAAGAAAGCCCCUCCAUGGGAUGGCAUGUUGAUCACCCCUAUGGAAGGGCCAGGAAGGGUCCUUAGGGGGCCAGCAUGGAGGCUUAUGUGCCAAACCCUUGUGAGAGAAAAUACUAGCAGUGCCCACUCAUACCCCACAGAUACCACAGCUCGGACACUCCAACUCAGAGACAUCAUCCCCAAAAGGUAGUGGUAAAUGCACCCUUUGGAAGAGCAAAAAGGAAGAUGUUGGAAAGCUGCUCACACUCAAGUUAUGAGAGAAACAGCAAUACCAUAAGCUCUAGCAGACUCCUAAGCUUGAGUGGAAUUCACAACGAAGUAGGUGUUCUGUGCGUUAAUCUGCAACUUUGCCUAUGAUGCAUAGCAGAGAUGCUAAGAGGUUCCGCUUCAUCCUGAAAUCUGAAAUGAAUGCUAGUUUCGCUGCUGGGCACCACCAUCACCUUCUCCCUGAAGUUUUCCUUUCCUUUCCUUUUACCUCAACCCAAAGAUCAGACUACUGUUAAGUUUCACCACAGGCUUGGAGUCUGCAAAGACGGGAAGCAAACGGAGUGAUUUGCAUCAAUGGAAUUGCACUGACAGUGUUUCUUAUGGGAUUACUAGGUUUUUUUUUUAAUAUAAAAUGAUUUUUUCAAAAAAAUCAGGAGUUGAUAUUAAGUACCAGGACAUUAGUUCGGAUGAUUUCAUUUUUAUUUCUACAGUGUUAAAAGUGCACUUAUAUGCUGAUUUAUUUACGUCUUAGGAAAAAGACUGCAAAUUGAAGGGAUGAUUGUUACUUUUUCUUUAAAAAAAACAAAGGUUAAGGCAGAUUUUAAGACUUAUAAAUGUUUAAGAAAUUAUAAACAAGGUUAGACCCUUUGAAAAAGUUUAGAAGAUAUUCUUAAAGUAAAUUUUUAUAGUGUUAAUUUUGUAAUAAUUUAUGUUUUACUAUAUUACAGAGCUAACUGACCAGAAUAGUUUCAAAAACAAUAUGAAACUUAGGAAAGUUUAAGCAAUGUUUAUAUUUUUAAAAUGUUCUUUGAAUUAUGUUUUUAUUGUACAUUUCUUCAGACUGAAAAGUAUGUACAUAUCUUUGUUAUUUUUGCACAAUUUUUGUCUUGUUCAGUUUUAGAAGUAUGUUUUUUUUAUAAUUUAUUUUGAGUUGUAAAAACUUACAGGAAUAAAAACAAAUCUCAGCAACAAAAUAACCCUCUAUUUAUAAACUCUUACACACUCAAAGAGGGAAAUCAAAGGUUGAGAGAUUAAGUGGCUGCUCUGAGAACUGAUGUCUAUACAGAGUCUGAAGGAUCAACUCAAUAGGUUUCAACAUUUUAAUUCUCUACAUCUUGAUUCAGAAGCUGGAAUUAACAGGCUCCCCACCCAAUGCUGCUUACUUUAUCGAAAGACUGGCUUUGACCAAGGUGAGGACAUUUCUGGAAAACUGAGCAAAAAGGGAAAACCCACGGUAUUUCUUCCUUCACAAUCAACCACAGGUUUACUUUAUAAUGAUGUAUUAAAAACUUGCAGCUUGAAAAAAAUGGAAUGCAAAUAAAAGGUUUUCUUUGGGUUUGUUUUCAUGGCAUUCAACUGGAGCAGACGAUUAAGCAUUGUUAGAGUGAUAGCCUUUGGGUCCUUCUGUUGUGCACACCCCACUCGGCCUUCUCUCCCACCCCCUUGACUGCACACACCCCUAUUUGCCUGAAGAUCUCCUGACUUGUCGCCAGCCGUAGAGGCUCGAAAGCUCUGGUUGGUAAGCAUAACGCAAUGCAUAGACCUGUCAGCCAUAAAAAAAAGAAAAAAGAAAAAAAAAGCGACUUGGAUAACUUGUAUGCCUUCUUUUGUAUCAAUGUACCAAUUGUAAAUAAUGCUGAUCAAACUUUGUAGAAAAUAGUUUAUACAGCAUAUUCUAUUAUUGCUGAUUCUCAGUGAACUCUUGUUUUAAAAAAGGAAAAAAAGAAAUUUUCUAUUUACACCUUAUAUUUUGUUAUGCUGUCGGCCCAUGGCACUUUAACAAAACUCUGUGGGUUUUACGUAGCUGGCCAGUCAUGGGGUAUAUUAAAUAACUGUUGUUGCACAGACAAGAAUUUGCACCUGCUCAUUUGUCCUUUCCUACUAUCGAUUUUAGAACUUUUCCAGAAGAAUUUUGAAGAAAGCAUGUCCAAUUAUUCUAAACAAAUGCCACACUUGUGGAGUGGGUUUCUUUUCUACAAUCCAUAUUUUGUAACACUAAGUAUUUUCUUUCUUUGUCCCUCACCUUCAUGUAUUAGCACUACCAGAUAGAACUCAUUCCAUGCCUGUGAUAUUGUAAGCAGAAUAAUUGUCUAAAGUAGGUGUAAAUAGUAAAUUCUAUGGCUUACAGUUUUAAAAAGAAAGAACAAACAUGUAUCUAUUGAUACUGCCGUGGUUCAAUACCAGGCCUGGAAAUAUUCUCCAGUGACAGAUUGUAUUUUUU